CUGGCAAACAAGCGCAACGAGGCAGCCUGCAGCACAAGGGCAGCCGGAAAGACAAGCCCCAUGCCCGAGGAGCCAGAGGACGUCGUGGACGUGCCCGAGGCGGCCGCCGUACCCGCCAAUUGGCCGACGAACGGCGCGUCUCCGGCGGAAGCGCUGCAGGCGCAGGUCGCGCGCGACCUCGCCAACGACCCGCUCGCCGAGGUGUGCUUCCGCGCCGAGACGGCGCGCGCGCGGGGCAACGCCUGCUUCGGCGAGGGCGACGUCGAGGGCGCCGUCGCCGAGUGGACGGCAUCCAUCCGGCUGUCCGGGGGGCACGCGCGGUGCGCGGAAUCAAAAGCCCUGGCGCUGGCGAACCGGUCGCUCGCGCGGCUGAGCGAGUGGGCCGACGUCCGCGGCGCCGUGGCGGACGCGCGGGCCGCGGUCGCGGCGCACCCGCCGUACCUCAAGGGCCACGUGCGCCACGCGGCGGCGCUGCGCGCCGCGCUCGGCGACGGCGCGCGCGAGGUCUGGCACGCGCUCGCCGCCGCCGACGCGCAGAAAUUGAAUAAGGAGGAGGCGCUCGAGCUCAAGCGGCACAAGGCCCUGGCGGCGCGGCGGCGGACGGCCUACGACAAGGCCGUCGCGGAGCUCUGCGCGAGCGACUUCGACGAGCGCGUCGAAAAGGCGCUGGAGGCGGCCCCGCCGCGCGCCGCGGUCGUCCAAGGCGGUUCAGAGUUGGCGCUGCCCGCGCGCUGCUGCGCGAUCGUGGGCGCGUGCCUCGACUGGCGCCUCGCGUCGCGGCCCGUCGACGCGAUCCACUACGCGCGGCGCGCGAAAAGCUGGCGCGGCGUCUGCGCCGGCGCCCGCCGGACGCUCGACGCCGGCGUCCUCGCGCCGCUCGUUUGCUCCCGCGUCCCCUUCCGACGCCAUCGACGCGACUGCCUCUACGCCAUCGACGCGACCGCUUCGGUCACUCACAGGUGGGCGCCGAAUUGGAUUGGGCCUUCCUCGCGGGCGCGCCGGCGAAGCUCGUCGAGGACCGGCGGCACUUAACAGGGGGCGACCCGCUGCUCCUCGCCGCGGGCCUGACGCGGUGCCCGCGGUUGUCGACGCUGCACGUGCGCGGCGCCCAGGCCUUCCCGCUCGACGCCGCGCUGCGCGUCUGCGGCCACCGGCUCACUACACUAAGCCUGGGCGGCGUGUCCGCGCCGUGCGGCUUCUGGCUCCGGGCCCUCGCGGGCUGCCCCCUGCUCUACGCCGUGGCCGGCGCGUUAAACGCGUCGAGCGACGAGUUCUGCCGCGCGCUCGGCAAGCACUGCGCGCGGCUCAAGAGCGUGCGGUUCCAGUGUGUGAAUCAACCAGCGCGUCGGGUGCGCGUCGAUGGCGUGGAGGCCAUCGAGCACGCGUCGCGUCGAUGGCGUGGAGGGUGCGCCCGAUCACGCCAUCGAGCAGGCGUCGCGUCGAUGGCGUGGAGGUCGACGCGAAUACUCAAGGCGCUGUGAACUUUUGAUUCGUGCGCAGGUGCGGCUGGAGGGCGCGACGGACCUCGAGGCCGGCGCGGGCGCGCUCGCCAAGGGCUGUCCCGCGCUGCGCGACGUGUCGUUUUCGCGCGCGCCGCGCCUCUCCGCGGACGCGCUCGAGCCGCUCUUCGGCCUCGGCCGCCUCGAGCGUCUUGUGUUAGUGACUUGCCCGAACGUCGGCGACGCGCUGCUCGAGGACCUCGACGAGCUCUCCGAGGACCGCUGGCUGCCGCUGCGGCGCCUCGAGCUCGCGGGGACGCGGUGCACCGCCGCGAAGGUCGCGGAGGUGGAGGCCGCGCUCGCCGAGCGGUCCACGACCGUGGAGAUCGCGCUGCGCGACUCCGUGGUCGCCGAGGCGUCUAACUAGUUGUAACAGUGAAACUUAGGUUCAAAAUUGCGCAUGCAGCCC